AAAAAGUUUGAAUUUUUGUUGGUGGGUGGAUUUUGUGGUUUAUUGGCGUCUCCGACUACAAUGAUGAAAAGUUCAGUGAAGGAAAUUUUGGAGUCUCUUCGCCAGCUUGAUGCAAGCGAGAGGUUUAAGGAGAAAUCGUCGUCGCUUCCCUCUCCGUCUACUUUCAGGGCUCCAAUGCCGUUGAUUCGUCAAUCUCUUCCGGCGAAGUUUCGUAAUGCGAUUUCGCCGGAAAGAGAAACCAUAGAGAAAGAAGAAAAGGAUUGGAGCAUUGAGCAGAUCACACAGUCGCCAUACACGGCAGAGAAGGAGAAAACUGAAAAUGAAGUUGUGAAUAUUAGUACUGCUCAGAUGAGUCCAGGGAAGAACUCGCAUGAUCCUGAAUGGAUCAAUAACGCUGAGUAUUUCAUCAGAGAGAAACUUUGUGUUUGGUGCCGGGUUGCUAAUGGGCAGUGGCACUUGGGGAAGAUACAUUCUACUUCUAGUGAUGAUGUGUGUGUUAUGUUAUCCACUAACGACGAUGUUGUGAAAGUACCAAUGGAGGAGAUUUUCCCUGCUAACCCAGAGAUUUUGGAAGGAGUUGAAGACCUUACACAGCUUAGUUAUUUGAAUGAACCAUCUCUUCUUUAUAACCUCCGGGUCAGAUACUCACAAGACUUGAUUUAUAGUAAAGCAGGGCCAGUUUUGAUUGCAGUAAAUCCGUUUAAGAAUGUCCAGAUCUAUGGAGAAGAGUUUCUAUCAGCUUAUCAGACGAAGGGUUUGGAUGCUCCUCAUGUUUAUGCAGUGGCAGAUGCAGCUUAUGAUGAGAUGAUGAGAGAGGAGAAGAACCAAUCUAUUAUCAUAAGUGGAGAAAGUGGAGCUGGGAAAACUGAGACAGCAAAAUAUGCAAUGCAGUACUUGGAAGCUCUUGGUGGAGGUAGCUUUGGGGUGGAAAAUGAAAUCCUAAAGACAAAUUGUAUUCUUGAAGCUUUUGGGAAUGCUAAAACAUCAAGAAAUGAUAACUCUAGCCGAUUCGGAAAACUGAUGGAGAUUCAUUUUAGUGCAAAGGGAAAGAUAUGCGGAGCUAAACUUGAAACUUAGAGAUUGAAGCUUAAAGCAGCAAGUGAAUACAAUUAUUUGAACCAGAGCAAUUGCUUAAUCAUUGAUCGCACUGAUGAUGCUCAGAAAUUUCACAAACUGAUGGAAGCUUUCAACAUUGUUCAAAUUCCUCAAGAAUACCAAGAACGUGCAUUUGCUCUGCUUGCAGCUGUGUUAUGGCUAGGAAAUGUGUCUUUUAAAGUGACUGACAAUGAAAACCAUGUCGAAGUGGUAGCAGAUGAAGCUGUCACUAAUGUAGCUAUGUUAAUGGGCUGCAACUCAAAAGAGCUUAUGGUGGUUUUGUCUACAUGCAAGCUCCAAGCUGGUAGAGAUUGCAUUGCUAAAAGACUGACACUGCGACAGGCAACUGAUAUGAGGGAUUCCCUGGCGAAAAUCAUCUAUGCGAGCCUAUUCAACUGGCUUGUUGAGCAAAUAAACAUUUCACUGGAAGUUGGUAACUCACGUACAGGAAGAUCUAUUAGUAUCCUUGAUAUAUAUGGGUUUGAGUCAUUUGAGGAAUAUGAAGGGGAUGGAAUUGAUUGGACUAAGGUCGAAUUCAAAGACAAUCAAGAGUGUUUAAAUCUGAUCGAGAAGAAACCCAUUGGUUUGGUAUCACUAUUAGAUGAGGAAUCAAAUUUUCCGAAGGCGACUGAUACGACUUUUGCCAACAAGCUCAAGCAGCAUUUGAAUGCUAACUCUUGUUUCAAGGGAGAGAGAGGUCCGGGUUUCAGAAUUAAGCAUUAUGCCGGAGAGGGCCAACUUUUCAAGUUGAUGAACAAGUUAGACGACACCACUCCUCAUUUUAUUCGAUGCAUAAAGCCAAAUUCAAAUCAGCUUCCUGGACUUUACGAAGAGAAUCAUGUUCUACAACAGCUUAGAUGUUGUGGCGUUUUGGAAAUUGUUAGAAUAUCAAGAUCAGGAUAUCCUACUCGGUUGACACAUCAAGAGCUUGCAGUAAGAUAUGGAUGCCUACUGCUGGACACAAGAAUCUCCCAGGAUCCGCUUAGCACAUCAAAUGCUAUUUUGAAACAAUGCAAUCUUCCUCCUGAGAUGUAUCAAGUUGGUUAUACGAAAAUAUACCUCCGAACUGGACUAAUUGGCGUCCUUGAGGAAAGAAGAAAUUAUGUUUUGCGUGGCAUACUUGGAUUACAGAAGCAAUUUCGUGGUUAUCAGACUCGUGAAUGCUUUCACAAUAUGAGGAAUGCUGCAGUGAUACUUCAGUCAUAUAUCCGCGGAGAAAAUGCCAGGAGAAACUACAUUGUGGUAGAAGAAUCAGCUAUUGCUUCAACAGCAAUAACUGAAGAGCUUGAUGCAGCUAUACACUUGCAAUAUAUGGUACGUAAAUGGCUGGCUCGUAAACACUUAAAUAGUAUGCAACAGAAGAAAAAACCACGCCAUGAGAAGAAAAAACAGAGACGAAAGUCAACGAGGAGGGUUUCCGAAGACAAGGACCUUCUUUCAGAGCAGUUUCAGGUCGAACCUUGUGUUCUUGCUGAUCUCCAGAGCCGGGUUCAGAAAGUCGAAGCAGCUAUAAUGCAGAAGGAAGAUGAAAACACUGCAUUGCAGGAGGAGUUGCAACGAUUUGAGGAAAGAUGGUUAGAGAACGAAACAAGAAUGAAGUUAAUGGAGGAAACAUGGCAAAAGCAUAUGUCGUCAAUGCAGAUAAGUCUCGCAGCUGCCUGUAAGAUUCUGGCUACAGACAAGACUGCAAGUCACGGUAAUGACUCAGAGGACACAAUGUCCUUUGGAACCCCCACGAAAGAGCUUAAGCGCAGCUUGAGUGACGUUAAUAAUCUUUCUACAGAAUUUGAUCAACGGAGUGUCAUAAUUCACGAAGAUACGAAAAGUCUUGUCGAGGUGAAUUCACAGAGCUCAAGCAGGAAGCAGCGCGCAGAAGAACUCAGGAGACUAAAGUUAAGAUUUGAGAAAUGGAAGAAAGAUUACAAAGCAAGACUAAGAGAGACAAAGGCACGAAUCCGGUUAAAUGGUGAUGAAGGUCGUCAUCGGAAUUGGUGGUGCAAGAAAAGUUGUUGAAACUUAGAUCUUGGUCUCAUCAUGUACCGAAAAUUAAUAUUAGUUUUAGGA